UUCAAUGGAGAAUACAUUACCAAAGUCUAGCGUAAGGAUACAUACAUUCGAUUAUAUAUAAAAUAAAACAUGUAAGACUCACCCCUCAAGAAAGCCUCUUGGUAUUCCCAAUGCCAAAGUAGCCGCUGGUUCUCCCAAUAUGGGACAACCCAUGAGUUCCUCUUACGAAAACCGUUGGUUGUCUGCCGGCGAUGACUCGAGCAAAAAGGGUUCUCCCCUCAUCCACCGUCGAAAAAGUAUCACACCUACUAUUACUGCCUCCUCUGCUGAAGAGAAAACAACAGGUGUGCCUGUCAAAGAAAAGAAGGACAAGGUGCCCGCUAAAGAGAAAAAAGUCAAGGAAAACACUCGUCCUCAUAACCCAAACGCACCUCCUCCCAAGAAGGCACAAAAGGACAUGACAAAAGCAGAGCGUCGUGCUUUACAAGAAAAGCAAAGACAAGCUAAAGAAGCUGCCUCGAAAGACAAUGACCACAAAAAGAAUCCUGCUGCUGCUGCUGCCGCUGCCGCUGCCGCUUCUACUGCGGCUUCAGCUGCUCCCACCUCUGUCUCUGGUAUCGCCGGUGCAGAUUCAGAAGCUGCCAAAAGAAAGAAGAAACCUACUCGAGAUCAAAAUCAAGUACCUUGGCUUCUUCAUUUAGACGUUCCCAAGGUCUCGGAAGCUUUGACAAAGGACCUUCAUCCUGCUGUACUUCAACUCGGCUUGUAUUUCUCUGAAUAUAAAAUCGUGGGUUCCAAUGCUCGUUGCGUUGCCAUGUUGGAAAUCUUUUCCAAGGUUAUUUCAGAUCACAAACCACCUUCCGACGCCACUUUCUCUCGACACAUUCAAAAGCAUUUGGACCCCCAUAUCGCCUACUUGCUCAGUAUUCGACCCAUGUCACUCAGUAUGCGUGAAUGUAUUCGUUGGUUAAAAAAGGAAAUGGCCGAUAUUGUAGAAGAAGACCCCCCCUUGAGCGAUGAUGAUGCACGUACUCGAUUGACCGAACGUAUUGGUCAUUUUAUCCGUGAAAGAAUCACCAUGGCCGAUCAAUUGAUUGUUCAGAACGGUCUACAAAAGAUCCAAGACGGUGAUGUGAUCCUGACUUACGCUAAAUCAUCUGUCGUUGAAAGUUUAUUAUUAGAGACCAAAAAGAAGGGGAUUGAUUUCAAGGUCAUUGUGGUAGACAGUCGUCCCUUAUUUGAGGGUAAACAUCUCUUACGUCGUUUAGUAGCGGCUGGUAUCGAUUGUUCCUAUCAUUUAUUAUCCAGUGUCUAUGUCGCACUGAAAUCCGUUACCAAAGUCAUUAUGGGCGCCCAUGCUCUCCUGAACAAUGGUGCUGUGUACUCACGUAUCGGUAGUUCCAUGGUAGCCAUGGCAGCCAGUGAUAAACAGAUCCCCGUCAUGAUUUGUUGUGAAACUUACAAGUUUGUCAACCGUACUCAAGUGGAUUCGUUCGUCUUGAACGAGUUGGGUAAUCCCGAUGAUUUAGUCAAUACCAAAUCUAUCACGCAUACACAUUAUGCUAAAAAACAGGAUGAGAAUGCCGUUUUAGCCAACUGGAGAGAACAACCCGAUCUCAGAUUACUCAAUAUUUUAUACGAUGUGACUCCCUCAAAGUACAUUACGCUGGUGGUCACUGAAGUGGGUUUAAUUCCUUGCACAUCUGCACCUGUUAUUUGGCGUGAAUACAACGAGGAAUUUGGCAAACGUGUAGCAUAAAAAAAAAAAAAAGAAAAAAGAAAGAAAAAAAAGAAACCCCCUUU